CGACGCUCUCAUCCGUGCGGGCGUUUCGUUCGUCUUGGCAUCAUACGGGGCGCCACGUCAUACGUCACCUGCCGGCACGUUCGACUGAAUAUUUAUCUGCACGCUCCCGUCUGUUUCGGGAUCGUUCGAUUAAGUCCUGGCGUUUUCUCACGCCCUUCACUCUCUGUAGCAAAACUAGAGGGACGGAAUCUCUGCCUCGGUUUAGGAAGGUCCAGGACAGAGUUUCGUAGCAAGGAAAUGACGACUCAGACCGUCGGAUUCGUAGGCGUCGAUGAUCUCUGCUUAGAUAUGGCUUCUUCUCUCGUUCGUUUGGGAUUCAGAGUACAAGGUUUUGACAUAUCCAACUCUGUCAUGGAUGAUUUUGUGAAGUUGGGUGGUUCCGGCUGCUCCAUUCCAGUGGAAGUGGGAAGAGGUUCUGCAGCCAUCAUUCUAACAGUAUCAGGUUAUAAACACGCAUAUGAUCUACUGUUUGGUGCUGGAGGAAUCACUGAAGGGUUGCCCAAUGAUGCUGUUAUCAUCCUUCGUUCAGACAUAGCACCAGAAAAUAUUGAGAAGUUACAAAAGCAUCUAAAAGAAGCUGGAUUUAACUUUCUCGUAAAUGCACUCCUUUUGAAGGGAAUCUCUCAGGAGCUUUGGGGAAGAGUUCUGGUAUGCAUAUCUGGGAGGUUUGAGGCUAUUGAAAUGGCACGAUCAAUUCUUGAUAGUAUGGCUGCUAAAGUUUAUAUUUUUGAAGGUGGUGUUGGCACUGUCAGUAAAAUCAAAAUGGUGAAUCUUCUACUUGAGGGCAUCCAUUUGGUUGCUGCAGCAGAGGCUUUGUUCCUUGGUUCACGAGCUGGAAUUAACUCGUGGGUUCUAUAUGACAUACUGUCAAAUGCUGCAGGGAGCUCAAGGAUUUUUGUGAAUCGGGUUCCUCAGAUGAUAAAGGGGCACUUUGAUGAGCAUCGCUCUUUAAAUUCAUUGAUUCAGGACCUGGGAUUUGUUUGUGAUAUGGCCAAGUCACUCAUCUUUCCUCUUCCACUUCUAUCCGCUGCUCAUGAACAACUGAUCUACGGAUCGUUAUGUGGAUAUGGAGAGCAGCCAGAUGCUACUUUGGUUAAGGCAUGGGAGAACGCGACUGGCAUCAGUGUUGCUGCUUCUAUAGAAGCCCAUGCUUCCGAGGAUCUGAGAUGUCAGACAGUUACAUCGUUGGAUGCUAUUAAGAAAGUUGGAUUUAUUGGGCUUGGUGCUAUGGGGUUUGGGAUGGCAACUCAUCUACUGAAAUCUAACUUCUGCGUUUAUGGAUAUGAUGUGUAUGAGCCAACCUUAGCUCGGUAUAAGGCUGCAGGUGGCUUAGUGAGCAGGAGUCCUGCAGAAGCAGCUAAUGAUGUUGAUAUAUUAAUUGUGAUGGUUACAAAUGAGAAACAAGCUGAGUCUGUCCUUUUUGGAGAAGCUGGAUCUGUGGCUGCCCUUCCAUUCGGAGCAUCGAUAAUCUUGUCCUCCACAGUUUCACCUGAAUUCAUGAAAAAGCUUGAAGGUCGACUGUAUGAUGAACAAAAAGACUUGAAGUUGGUGGAUGCACCAGUGUCUGGGGGUGUCCUGAGAGCUGCAACCGGAACACUUACGAUUAUGGCUGCUGGUUCUGAAGAAGCACUCAGGUCUACCAGUUUAGUUCUUUCAGCAAUGUCUGAGAAGCUCUAUGUUAUUGAGGGCGGUGCUGGAGCAGCAAGCUCUGUGAAGAUGGUGAAUCAACUGCUUGCUGGAGUUCAUAUUGCAGCAGCAGCUGAAGCAAUGGCUUUUGCAGCGGGGUUGGGCUUAAGAACAAGAACAUUGUUUGAUGUCAUCAUGCAUGGUGGCAGUAGCUCAUGGAUGUUUGAGAAUCGUGUACCUCACAUGUUGGAUGAUGAUUACACACCCUACUCUGCUGUUGAUAUCUUUGUGAAGGAUCUGGGAAUUGUGUUGCAUGAGAGUAGAAGAUUUAACAUUCCACUUCAUGUUUCAGCUGUUGCACUCCAGCAGUUCCUGUCAGCAUCUGCUUCCGGUUGGGGCAAAAGGGAUGAUGCUUCGGUUGUGAAGGUAUAUGAAAAUCUAACAGGUGUGAGUGUUGAUGGGAAGCUACCGAUUCUCAAUAAAGAAGAAGCACUAAAUUCUCUGCCCUCUGAGUGGCCAAGAGAUCCAAUUGAAGAAAUUGAGCUUUUGGAAUGCAAAAAGGUCGCACAAGUAUUGGUCGUACUUGAUGAUGAUCCUACUGGCACCCAAACUGUUCAUGACGUUGAUGUCCUGAUAGAGUGGAGUGUUGAAUCACUUUCAUUGCAGUUCAAUAAGAAGCCUAGUUGUUUUUUCAUUUUAACCAAUUCUCGGUCCCUGAACUCUGAAAAGGCCACUUUAUUGAUUAAAGAUAUCUGUACCAAUAUAGAUAGGGCAGCUAAAACUGUUGGAAACAUUGAAUACACUGUAGUGCUGAGAGGUGAUUCAACACUUCGUGGUCAUUUUCCAGAGGAGGUAGAUGCUGCUGUGUCCGUGCUGGGUGAGAUGGAUGCAUGGAUUAUUUGUCCUUUUUUCCUUCAAGGAGGCCGAUACACUAUUGAAGAUGUGCAUUAUGUUGCAGAUGGUGACAGGCUUGUUCCAGCUGGGCAGACUGAAUUCUCUAAAGAUGCUUCUUUUGGCUAUCGUUCUUCUAACAUGUGCCAGUGGGUGGAGGAAAAAACUAAAGGUCGCAUUCCUGCUAGUAAUGUUGCAUCAAUAUCAAUUGAGCUUCUAAGGAAGGGUGGACCUCAAGCUGUUUGUGAUCGUCUUUGUAGUUUGAACAAGGGAUCAACAUGCAUUGUUAAUGCAGUUAGUGAAAGAGAUAUAGCUGUGUUUGCUGCAGGGAUGAUCCAGGCAGGAAUGAAGGGAAAGCGUUUCUUAUGCCGAACUGCUGCAAGCUUUGUAUCUGCCAGAAUUGGAAUGAAACCAAAAGCUUUAAUAAAUCCAAAAGCUCUUGGCAUCAGUAGUAGAAAUGGUGCACUCAUAGUUAUAGGAUCAUAUGUUCCAAAAACCACUAAGCAGGUUGAAGCACUUCAAUUACAAUGUGGACAUUUCCUGAAUAUCAUAGAGGUAUCUGUUGAUAAAAUUGCCACGAAGUCUUCAAAAGAGAGAGAUGAAGAGAUUUCUCGGGCAUCAGAAAUGGUGGACGCUUUUCUCAAAACCCAGAAGGACACUUUGUUGAUGACCAGUCGCCAACUAGUCACAGGAAAUUCUCCUGAUGAGUGCUUAGAGAUUAAUUUCAAGGUCAGUUUGGCAUUAGUUGAAAUUGUUCAGAAAAUUAAUACCCGUCCACGUUAUAUUCUUGCAAAGGGUGGAAUUACUUCAUCUGAUAUUGCUUCAAAGGCCUUAGGAGCCCGUCAUGCAAAAGUUGUUGGGCAAGCAUUAGCUGGUGUUCCUGUGUGGCAGUUAGGUUCUGAAAGUAGACAUCCUGAUGUGCCAUACAUCGUUUUCCCAGGAAAUGUUGGAGAUCAUAACGCGCUUGCAGAUCUAGUCAAAAGCUGGGCUUCAGUGAGAUCAUUUUCUACUAAAGACAUUCUUCUUUGUGCUGAAAAGGGUAAUUAUGCUAUUGGAGCAUUCAACGUGUAUAAUCUUGAAGGGAUUGAAGCGGUUGUUGCCGCCGCAGAGGAAGCAAAAAGUCCUGCUAUAUUGCAGAUUCAUCCGAGUGCGCUGCAGUAUGGAGGCUUACCCUUGGUCACAUGUUCGAUAUGUGCUGCAAACCAAGCACAGGUACCAAUCACAGUUCACUUUGACCAUGGAUGUCUCAAGGAAGAACUCUUAGGGGCUUUGGAAAUGGGAUUCAACUCAGUCAUGGUUGAUGGUUCACACCUUCCAUUUGAAGACAAUGUAUCAUUUACAAAGUACAUAUCAUCCUUAGGCCACUCAAAACAGGUAUUAGUUGAAGCUGAGCUGGGUCGCUUGUCAGGAACUGAGGAUGAUAUAACAGUUGAGGAAUAUAAAUCAAUGCUUACUGAUCCAACUCAGGCACAAAAAUUCAUUGAUGAGACCAGCAUUGGUGCUUUAGCAGUCUGUAUCGGAAAUGUCCAUGGAAAAUAUCCAGCAAGUGGCCCUAAUCUUAGGCUUGAUCUACUAAAGGACCUGCAGUCAAUUGCAAUGGAAAAAGGAGUUUUUCUGGUUCUACAUGGUGCGUCAGGCUUGCCGGAAGAGCUUAUAAAGGAAUGCAUUAAGCUUGGUGUUCGGAAGUUCAAUGUCAAUACAGAGGUCCGGAAUGCAUAUCUUGACUCUUUGAAGAGUCCCAAGAAGGACUUGAUACAUCAGAUGACUGCUGCGAAAGAAGCCAUGAAGGCUGUUGUCAUGGAGAAGAUGCGCAUAUUUGGCUCUUCUGGGAAGGCCCCUUGGUAAGGCGCAACAACAUCAAAUUAAGAUUCACAGUAAGGAUAGGGACCCAUAUUUUACCAUUAUUCUCAUUGAGGGGAAAAAAAUAUAUAUCAUAAGCUGCCACGGAGACAGUUUUGCUUAUGAGAAGGCUUCGUCCUUUGAGAAUCCUUCGUCGUCUCAGAACAAUAACAUGUACUUCUGCCAGUUAACUUUUUGUUGGAUAUCUUCACUCUCUUGAACGGUGAUGCUACAUACAAGUGUUUUAUCAUUUGUUGAGAGACCUUCUCUCUCCCCUGACCAUUUUUAUUAAGAAGGAAAAACCUAUACUGUGGUUAACUCACUUGGAAAAGGACCUUUCACAUCCGUUGAAAAAUCAGUUGUGAGCAGUGUCUAGACUCAUCAUAAAUGAGAGUUACUUAUAUUUGA